AUGUCUGGUGGUGAUAAAUGUUAUUACUUUAAUUGUAAUAAAACUCGAAAAACGAGUAAUAAUGUUUUUCAUUUAAUCCCAUCAUCUAAUCCAGAAAUAUAUAGGAAAUGGAUAAUAAACUCAGAUGAAACGUAUGUAGUUAAAUCUCCUAGAGCUUGGACUUGGAGUGUAUCAAAACUAGGAGUAAACGAGGGUAACACACAAAUUUUAUCCGAAGAUGUAUGUGUUAAUGAGACAAUUAACAUGACACCAACAAAAUCGCAAAGGCGCACUAAUAAAAUGGACGAAAAAAAUGCAUCUUCCACACCUGAAAACCUUAAAGUGGUAAUGCCUAAUUAUACAUACAAUAAUUUACAUUCAAAAACAUCCACUCCAAACAUUUCAAUUUUUAAUCAAAGUCCUAAAUUAUUAGGAAUAUCUCCUUCAACGAAAAAAUGGGUAUCGCAAUUAAUUGACCUACCAAGUCCUCAAAAACCAUCAGAUAGAUCUAAUAAUGAAAUAAUAAAUAGUCCAAGAAAAAUCGCUGCAAAGAAUAAUAUUUUACAAAAAAAGUUACAAAACAUGAAAAAACUAAUCAAGCAUAAACGCGCUAUUAUUACUUCACUAAAAAAAACCAAUGAAAAAAAUAAACUCAAACAAAUUAAUGUGCACCGUUUUUUUGAAGAGACCAAGUUUCCGUCAAUUAAUUCUAAGGCUCUAAUAUCUAUGCAAUUGUUACAUAAAAGACGCAAACCGUGGUCUAAAACUGAAAAAAAUAUGGCUCCAUCAUUAUAUUACAAGUCACCUUCCACCUACAAAUUUAUGCGUAAAAAUGGCAUAAUUCUACCAGGUGAGACUACUGUUAGACGUUGGCUUAACUCAAUUAGUUUUUCUACUGAAUUUCCUAAAGCAUAUAUGGAUCAGAUAAGAUUAAAGAUUUCCGGAAUGAGUGAAAAUGAAAAAAAAUGUACAAUUUUACUUGAUGAAGUAGCUAUUAUGAAAUCGUUGGAGUAUAAUAAGGUGUUAGAUGAAAUUGAAGGAUAUGAAGACUUGGGGACAUUAGGGAGAACAAAUAAAAUAGGUUCUCAAGCAUUAGUUGUUAUGGUUCGCGGUCUUUAUUCAAACUGGAAGUUUCCUUUUUAG